UGUCUGGUUUGGAGUCGGAGUAGAGGGAGUGAUAAAGUAUACAGAAAUUUUCUGUGGCUUUGGAUUCUUGUGGCAAUUCGUGCUAGCCAGCUUUACUUGGGUAUGGUGGGUGCAUAAUCCCGUAAAAUCAUUAGAAAAAUUGAAACUUGGCCAAAAGGGGUGACUCCAUAUCCAUCCCCUUUUAGCUUUUAGCUUUCUGGGUUGUGAGUCACUUGUGAGCAGAAAGAAACAUGGCGGCAGGAGAGGGUGGAAGAAGGGUGCUGCUACUGUUGUUAUUGUUUACCAGUAACUGCAUUCUUCAUUGGAUGCCCGUUGCUGUUAAUGGUAACACAGAUCCGAAUGAUGCGGCAGCUAUAAGGAUUUUAUUUCAAUCUAUGAACUCACCUUCACAGCUAUGUUGGCAAGCGAAUGGUGAUGAUCCGUGUGGACAAUAUUGGAAAGGCAUAACAUGCUCAAACAACCGAGUUACAGAGAUUAAGUUAUCCAAUCUUAAACUAACGGGAACAUUGCCUUAUGGAUUACAACCCUUGACAUCUUUGACCAACCUAGACCUGAGUAGCAACAAUCUUGGAGGUGGCAUACCAUACCAGCUUCCUCCAAAUAUGCAGCGCUUAAAUCUGGCUUAUAAUAACUUCACUGGGACAAUCCCUUACUCUAUUUCUGAUAUGACCUCUCUUACAGACCUGAAUCUUGGUCACAAUCAGUUCCAGCAAGGAUUGAACGUUAACUUCAUGAAGCUUUCUACCCUCUCUUCAUUGGAUCUCUCCUUCAAUUUAUUGACAAGUGACCUUCCGCAGACUUUGAGCUCACUUUCAGGCAUUACCAGCAUGUAUCUGCAGAACAACCAGUUUACAGGCACUAUUGAUGUCCUUGCUAAUCUGCCUCUUGAAAAUCUGAAUGUGGAAAACAAUAAUUUUACUGGAUGGAUACCAGAACAAUUAAAAAGCAUAAAUUUAAAGACUGGUGGUAAUACAUGGAGCUCCGGACCUGCACCCCCACCUCCUCCCGGGACCCCACCAUUACCUAAAAGCAAUCGACACCACAGAGCCGGUGGCGGAAGCACCACUACCUCCCCCUCAGAUGCUGGCAGCAGUAACAACAUGAGUGACGGCAGCAAAAAAUCUGGUGUUGGAGGUGGUGGCAUAGCUGGAAUUGUGAUCUCGAUAAUUGUUGUUGGGGCAAUAGUAGCAUUCUUUUUGGUGAAGAGAAAAUCCAAGAAGUCAUCUUCAGAUUUAGAAAAACAGGACAAUCAGUCCUUUGCUCCUCUUCCCUCAAAUGAAUUCCAUGAAUUGAAAUCUGUGCCACCUUCCUCUAUAACUGAAAUGAAGACAUUUGAAACUUCUGCCUCAAUAAAUCUUAAACCCCCACCUAUGGAUCGUCAUAAAUCAUUUGAUGAGGAUGAACUUUCAAAGAAGCCUGCCAUUAUCAAGAAGACUGUCACAUCUCCUGCUAAUGUGAAAUCAUACUCUAUAGCUGAUCUACAGAUUUCAACCGGAAGCUUCAGUAUUGAUCAUCUUGUUGGUGAGGGGUCCUUUGGUCGUGUUUACCGGGCUCAGUUUGAUGACAAACAAGUUCUUGCAGUGAAGAAAAUAGAUUCAUCUGUCCUUCCCAAUGACCUUUCUGAAGAAUUUACAGAAAUAGUUUCAAACAUCUCUCAUUUACAUCAUCCGAACGUGACAGAACUAGUAGGUUAUUGUUCAGAGUAUGGGCAGCACCUCUUAGUCUAUGAGUUUCAUAGAAAUGGAUCACUGCAUGACUUCCUUCACCUAUCAGAUGAAUAUAGUAAGCCAUUGAUAUGGAAUUCCCGUGUGAAGAUUGCAUUGGGGACUGCGCGUGCUUUAGAGUACCUACAUGAAGUUUGUUCACCAUCAGUUGUACACAAGAACAUUAAAUCAGCCAACAUAUUACUUGAUGCAGAACUUAAUCCUCAUCUUUCAGACAGUGGAUUAGCAAGCUAUAUUCCAAAUGCAGACCAGGUGUUGAACCAAAAUGCCGGAUCUGGAUAUGAUGCACCUGAAGUUGCUUUGUGUGGUCAGUAUACCAUGAAAAGUGAUGUUUAUUGCUUUGGAGUUGUGAUGUUGGAGCUACUCAGCGGACGUAAACCAUUUGAUAGCUCGAGACCUAGAGCUGAGCAGUCUCUAGUUCAUUGGGCCGCACCUCAACUCCAUGAUAUUGAUGCAUUGACCAAAAUGGUUGAUCCUGCGCUGAAAGGGUUAUAUCCUGUUAAAUCUUUGUCUCGUUUUGCAGAUGUUAUUGCUCUCUGCGUUCAGCUGGAGCCUGAAUUCCGACCACCAAUGUCAGAAGUGGUUCAAGCCUUAGUACGGUUGGUGCAGCGAGCCAACAUGAGCAGGCGGACUACUUUUGGAUCUGAUCAUGGAGGAUCCAAUCGAGGGAGUGAUGAACCCGCCAUACAUGAUAAUGUAUAAAUGGGAACAUAAUCCUUGUGUCAUUCUUGAAA